AAUCAGUAAGAUAAACCAGCCGUAGCAGCAGCGUUUUAGGCGAAACGUUCAUAACCACAUUCUGAGGCAGUCAACACAGGGCAAAUUUUGUAUAGAGACUUUAACUGGAAAUCACAGCCUAACCACAAGAAUUCCAUCAAUUUCUCAGCCAUUUUGCAACGACAAACCAGGCUCUCUAAUAAAAAGAAAAGCUAAUUUAAUUGCAUUCCCCAGUAGGCAAUUUAAGAUAUAUUGGCAAUCAAAAGAAGUCACCUAAGGCAUCGAAAGCUGCCGAAUCGACCAACAAAAACCUGGUGUAAUACAUCCAAACAAGCCCCCUGUUAUCGGAGCAAUUAACCGGCGUAGGUUGCAGCAGAAAAUAAGAUCUUCUCAAUUUCGCCGUGUCCAUUACCCCCUCUGUAGAUUCCAGAUUAAGACGGACAAUAGAAAUAUCCUGUUGCAUAUCUUCCUGAGUAUUAUUUGCAUAGACAGUUCGUAUUUCAGUGUCGCCCUAUUGCAAUUCGGGUACUAGCAUUUAAUCACUUUCCUUGUCUAUAAAGUCAAGACGAUCUGCCCGUUUUCUUACCCAGCUUUUUUCACUUAUUAUUUUUCCAUUGCAUUUUCUCUGCAUAGCAUUGCAUACUAGCCGCUAGCAGCUUUUAGCAUCCAAUUCAAUAUGGCUGAUAUUCUCCACGCCUUGAAUUCCAACAACCCUCCGGAUUCCCAGGUGCCUCAUAUCUUGGACGCUGAAGAGAUCAUCUCGCACAGAUCCAAGUCGCACGAGUUCUCCGACAUCAGAACCCACGAAUAUGCCUCCUUCGGAAACAACACCGUCGUUCCCGAGUAUACAGAAAGAGAAGUCACUGUUGUAGACUGGGCCAAACAUGUCUUUGGCCAUCCCUUGCAGAAGAUUGCCAACUACUUCAUCUCGUUGUUCCCAAUUGCUAAGUGGAUCUUGCACUAUAACGGUAAAUGGCUCUACGGUGACUUGGUUGCUGGUAUCACUGUUGGUGUCGUGUUGGUUCCUCAGUCUAUGUCGUACGCUCAGUUGGCUGGAUUAGAGGCUCAAUUUGGUUUGUACUCUUCUUUUGUCGGUGUUUUCAUCUACUCGUUCUUUGCCACGUCGAAGGAUGUUUCCAUUGGUCCUGUUGCUGUCAUGUCGCUUCAGGUGUCGAAGGUUAUUGCUCAUGUUCAAGGAAAGGUUGGUGACAAGUACGCACCAGAAGUCAUUGCUACCUUCUUGUCUUUGAUCUGUGGUGGUAUCGCAGCAGGUAUCGGUAUCUUGAGACUUGGUUUCAUAUUAGAAUUCAUCUCGAUUCCUGCCGUGAUUGGGUUCAUGACUGGUUCUGCCCUUAACAUUAUCUCUGGUCAAGUUCCAGGGCUUAUGGGCUUCAACUCGUUGGUUAACACCAGAGCAUCUACCUACAAGGUUAUCAUCAACACCCUUAAGAACUUGAAGCAUAGCAAUUCCGACGCCGCCUUUGGUUUGAUUCCUUUGUUCAUCUUGUACGUAUGGAAAUUCUCGACUGACUACGGUCAAAAGAAAUACCCAAAGUACAAGUACUGGUUCUUCUACAUCCAGCAGUUGAGAAAUGCCAUUGUAAUUAUCGUAGCUACUGCUAUUUCCUGGGGUAUUGUACAUCCCAAGAAGGUAGCCUGGAAAGGCGACCCCAAGAAGUUCAAGGGUCCUAUCUCUACUCUUGGAACUGUGCCAAGGGGUUUGAGAAAUGUUGGUGUCAUGACUGUUCCAGAUGGAAUCAUAGAUGCCAUGUCGUCAGAAAUUCCAGUCUCUACUGUCAUCUUGUUGUUGGAACACAUCGCCAUCUCCAAGUCAUUUGGUAGAAUCAAUGAUUACAAAGUUGUUCCUGAUCAAGAAGUUAUUGCUAUCGGUGUCACCAACUUGAUUGGUACUUUCUUCAAUGCUUAUCCAGCCACCGGUUCGUUCUCUAGAUCGGCUUUGAAGGCUAAGUGUGGUGUCAGAACUCCUAUUGCUGGUAUCUUUACUGGUGCCGUUGUCUUGUUGGCUUUGUACGCUUUAACCUCUGCUUUCUUCUACAUUCCUAAGGCAACCCUUAGUGCCAUCAUUAUCCAUGCUGUGUCGGAUUUGAUUGCCAACUACAAAGUCACCUGGUCUCUUUGGAAUAUUUCUCCCAUUGACUGUGGUGUCUUUAUUGUCUGUGUCUUGAUCACCGUCUUCUCCUCCAUCGAAAACGGUGUCUAUUUCGCUGUCUGUGCCUCCGUUGCUAUUUUGUUAUUCAGAAUCGCUAAGCCAACGGGCCAGUUUUUGGGUAGAAUCCAAGUGGCUGAAGUUGUUAACCCCGUCAUCGAAACCUUAGAGAGCGAUUUGUACUCUAUCAAAAAAGAGGGUAACUUGUCUAACUCAUCCAAUUCUUCCAACGAUGAAAUUGAAAUCAACCAAGUCAUCAGCAACAACUCCAAUUACGACGCCAAGAAGACCAAGUCCCAGACUAAGGGCCAAAAGUCUGUUGUCAACACCGAAGCUUUGUUGAAGAACAACCCCAGAGUCAAGUUCCACACCAGAUGGGUUCCUUUGACGAAAGAAAACAUCAAUUCUGACAUCAAUGUCCAGCCUCCUCCUCCAGGUGUGAUUGUUUUCAAGCCUAUCGAAUCUUUCACCUACCCUAACUCGUCUUCACAAGUUGAUCGUGUCUCUGAUGAAGCCAAGAGAUUGACAAGACGUGGUAAGCCAUAUGAUCUCUCAGAUACUGGUUCUAGACCUUGGAAUGAUCCUGGUCCUUUGAGAUGGAAGCUUCCCUUCAUCAAGAACGAGACAGCCAAGGAAGUCAACGAACAUGACCACAGACCUUUGUUGCGUAUCAUUCACUUUGACUUUAGCACUGUUUCUUCUACCGAUGUUACUUCUAUCCAAGCCUUGGUUGAUUUGAGAAAGGCUCUCAACAUCUACGCCGACCGUGAAGUUGAGUUCCACUUCUCUGGUAUCUUGUCUCCAUGGAUCAGAAGAGGGUUGUUGAAUGCUGGUUUUGGUACUUACGAAGAUGGUUUGGUCAGUGAAAAUACCUACGUCAACAUCGCUGCUGACCAAGAUAUCGAAAGAGGCGAUAACUCCGAAUACGUCGCUGCUAUCUCUACCGAUACUCCAUUCUUUCACCUCGAUAUUCCUGACUACUAGGUGUUCUUUCCGAUAGAUUUUCAUGUAUAAAUAGGGUUCACGCUUCAUUUUACUUCUUUAAUUGCAACGAUUCUGGGGAUAUAGGUGUAAUACUUACCUAUUAUUAUUUAUUUCCACCUC